AAACUCCCGGGGGGUCGGUGAAAUUUACCCAAUCGUUUUAUACCCUGCGAAGGAAAUACUAUCACACAACGGAAUCGGAAGCUGCAAAUAGCAGCAACACCACCACCGGCGGCGGCGGCGGCGAUCAUUGAAACGGAGACUGUUCACCGUAUAGUUCGGGCCAGAAAAAUGGAUUCGACGAUGGAAGAAGGAGAGCUAGCGGAAGUUGAGUUAGUGUUUGCAACCCGUGAUAAGCCCAAGAUAGUGAAGUCGGCUUACGAUGUGCUGCAGCAGAGCAGGUCCUCAGUGGAGGACAUCGUGGCCCAGAUGCUCUCCGUCAAGAGAGAAGGAAAACCCAGAUCCCAACUCCGUGAGCUCGUCACUCAAACCUUCCUCAACUUCGUCACUCUCCGCCAGGCAAACCGCUCCAUCUUGCUUGAAGAAGAUCGUGUAAAAGCGGAAACGGAGAGUGCAAAAGCACCCGUGGACUUCACGACGUUGCAGCUCCAUAACUUGAUGUAUGAGAAAAAUCACUAUUUGAAAGCGAUAAAGGCUUGCAAGGACUUCAAGUCUAAGCAUCCUGAUAUUCAACUUGUCCCCGAGGAAGAGUUUUUUAGAGAUGCACCUGAAGAUAUUAAAAAAUCUGUAAUAUCAAAUGACAGUGCACACAAUUUGAUGCUCAAGAGGCUGAAUUUUGAGCUGUUCCAGCGCAAAGAAUUAUGCAAAUUUCAUGAGAAACUCGAACAGCAAAAGCAAAAACUUUUGGAGACCAUUGCUAACAGGAAGAAGUUCUUAUCAAGUCUCCCUUCGCACCUCAAGUCACUCAAGAAAGCAUCAUUGCCAGUGCAGCACCAACUGGGGGUUCUGCAUACGAAGAAACUAAAGCAGCAUCAUUUGGCAGAGUUGCUUCCCCCUCCUCUUUAUGUGAUUUACUCACAGUUCUUAGCCCAAAAGGAAGCAUUUGGUGAAGACAUUGAUAUGGAUAUAGCGGGAAGUGUGAAGGAUGCUCAAGCCUUCGCUCGACAGCAAGCAAACAAGGACACUGGCAUUUCUGCCAACCUAGAGAAUUCAAAGUUGGAGGAUGAUGCACCUGAAGAGGAAGAUGAUGGGCAAAGGAGGAGAAAGCGACCAAAGAAAGUUCCAAGCAAAGAGAAUCUUGACCAGGCAGGAAUAUAUCAAACUCAUCCGCUUAAAAUCAUUCUCCAUAUACACGAUGACAACGUUACAGAUCCCAAGUCUGCAAAACUAAUCACACUGAAGUUCGAAUACUUAUUGAAGUUGAAUGUUGUAUGUGUUGGGAUUGAAGGAUCAAAUGAAGGGCCUGAGAAUAACAUCUUGUGCAACUUGUUCCCCGAUGACACUGGCCUUGAGCUUCCUCACCAGACGGCCAAGCUCCGUGUUGGUGAUGCCUUGACAUUCGAUGAAAGGCGAACAUCGCAUCCAUAUAGGUGGGCCCAACAUUUGGCUGGAAUUGAUUUUUUGCCAGAGGUAUCACCAUUGCUUACAGGCUGCGAAACUCCAGAAAACGAAACAACCAAAAAUGCUGAAGUAAUAUCUGGUCUCUCCCUAUACCGUCAGCAGAACCGUGUACAGACCGUUGUGCAAAGGAUCCGAUCUCGGAAGAAGGCUCAGCUGACUCUUGCGGAACAGCUUGAUUUACUUUCAAAGCUUAAAUGGCCUUCUCUGACUUUUGAAAGCGUGCCAUGGGCCUUGCAUACCCCUUUAUGCAGCUUCCAUGGGUGGUCACCUUUAGGAUCCACACCUAAUAGUACUUCAUCUUUGCCUGUGGUUGAUGUGGAACAAGGUGAGGGCCCUUUAGGCACUGAUAUGGAUGGAAGAUCUGGUGCUUCUAGGGAUGAGGUAGAAACCUUAAGGGAAGAUGGGGAACUUCCAUCGUUACUUCAAGUCUCGACUGUCGUAAGUGAUGUUAAACUCACUCCAUCAAAAGGAUCUGAUCUCGAGCACUCCAAACGGCUGUCUUUGAUUACAAAAAGUAUGGAUUCUCCAAUUGGAAUGCCAAAAUCACUAAGCCUCAAAAAAGUUGAUGAGGAUUUAGAUAUCAUGCUGGAUUCUGAAAGCGAUAUGGAUGAGCCUGCACAAAUUCGGCAGGAGAUAGGAAAUGCAGCUGGGAUUGGGUCCUACGAAAUGGUUGAACGUGAAAAUUCUUGGGCAGACUAUGGUGUGCAGGAAUAUAGCCUUGUGUUAACUAGGACAAUGGAUGAUAACAAGAGGAACAUGAAGUUAGAAGCCAAAAUUAAGAUAAGCAAGGAGUAUCCUCUUAGGCCUCCUCAUUUUGUGCUGUGUCUUUCCACUGCAAUGCUUGGAGAAAAUCAUUCUGAGGGUGAUGGCUCUGAGUGGUAUAAUGAACUUCGUGCCAUGGAAGCAGAGGUUAACGUUCACAUGUUAAAGAUGAUACCUCUGGAUCAAGAUAACUUCAUCUUAGCUCACCAAGCGUGUUGUCUAGCGAUGCUGUUUGACUUUUACAUGGCUGAGGGAUCUUCAAGUCCUGAGAAGAGAAAGAGUACUUCAGUGGUCGAUGUGGGGUUGUGCAAGCCUGUAAAUGGUAAGCUUCUUGCCAGAUCCUAUAGAGGAAGGGAUCGGAGGAAGAUGAUCUCCUGGAAGGACAGUGGGUGUACCCCUGGCUACCCAUACUAGAAAUAUUGACAACUAAACCGAACCAAAGUAAGCCAUGUGUCUCAAGCAAUUGUGGUCAGCUACGCAAAUUCUUAUUAAAAGUAUCAAUAUCAGAUCCAAAUGGCAACGGUGUUUUACUGAUAACUGUUGUUAAACACAGGUUUCUAAAAGGUCCUUCGUAAAACUCAUUUCAAAUAGAGAUUUCUAGAGAGAUUUUCCCGCAAAACUCAUGUAAAAUGGAAAUUUUUAGAAGCUGCUGCUUAUUUGAUUUGAGAGAUGAAUCAUGAUUGCUGCAAUCUUGUAAAUCUUGAAUUGCUGGUUGAGCUGGCACUCUUUUAAUCCGUCCUUGCAGCUUCCGUUGUACUAUGUCUCAUACUGGUACUCAUUGUUGUGAAUGAACUUUGCCCGUUUAUGGACUGA